AUGGUUAAACAAGCUACUUUUUCCUCUGCCGAAGAUGCAUCUGAAUAUUUAGCAAAUCACAUUAUCAAAAAGAUCAAUGAUUUUGCUCCAACUCCAGAAAAGCCAUUCGUCAUUGGUUUACCAACAGGUUCUUCUCCAGAAGGUGUUUAUGCCAGAUUAAUUAAAGCCAACAAAGCUGGUUUAGUUAGUUUCAAGAAUGUUAUUACUUUUAAUAUGGAUGAAUAUUUAGGACUUCCUCCAACUAAUGAACAAUCUUAUCAUUACUUCAUGUUUGAUAAAUUCUUUAAUCAUAUUGAUAUCCCAAGAGAAAACAUCAAUAUCUUAAAUGGUUUAGCUCAAGACAUUGAAAAGGAGUGUGCUGAUUAUGAAGCUAAAAUUAAGAAAUAUGGAAGAAUCAAUUUAUUCAUGGGUGGUUUAGGUCCAGAAGGUCAUUUAGCUUUCAAUGAAGCUGGUUCUUCUAGAGAUUCUAUUACCAGAAAAGUCAGUCUCGUUCCAUCAACCAUAAAAGCAAACUCAAGAUUCUUUGAAAAUGAUGAAUCUAAGGUUCCUAAAUUCGCUUUAAGUGUUGGUAUUUCAACUGUUUUAGAUAAUUCUGAUGAAGUUGCUAUCAUUGUUUUAGGUCAAAACAAGAAUUUUGCAUUGGAUAAAACCAUCAAUGGUACUAAGAAUGAUCCAAGAUUCCCAUCUAGUUAUUUACAAGAUCAUUCUAAUGUUUUGGUUGUUUGUGAUAAUGCUGCUGCUGGUUUAACUUCAAAGUUAUAA